AUGUCUCGUGUUUCUGACGUCGAGGGCGAUGUGAAGUCCAAGCUCGAUGUGAGCCAUGUCGAGCACAGUGGUGCCGACUAUUCACGGAAUAUCAACGCAAAGAUCCGCAAUCCUCUGAUCGGCAUCUCUAGUUCAGACCUCAGGAUUCAAGUUACCGGCUUUUGUCGUGAGUUUGGCUUCGAAGAGAAGGAGAACGUCUUCUACCGUGGGGCGCUCGCUGCGCAAAACCCUGAGAAUUAUGAGAGUAUCGACGAUCUCACCGAAGACGAUAAGCAUGUCCUUCGCCGCGAGGUCACGCAUAAAUGGCAUCUUCCCAAGGAUCUUUACUACAGUAUCGCUCUAUGUUCUCUCGGCUCCGCAAUCCAAGGCUGGGAUAACACAGGUGCCAAUGGCGCCAACCUCUCAUUCCCUCAGGAGUUCGGCAUCGAGAACAAUCAAGCGCUUGUUGGAGUCAUCAACGCCGGUCCAACCUUGUUUGGUCUGCUGAGUGCUUGGGCAGCGGACCCAAUCAACAACUAUCUUGGACGCCGCGGAACAAUCUUCCUCACUGGCCUCUUCUGCGUCUUCCCAGUGCUCGCUCAGGCCUUUACGCAGAACUGGUGGGGUUUGAUGAUUUGUCGGCUCUUCAUGGGCCUUGGCAUGGGCAUCAAGAUCUCAACCAUCCCGAUUUACUCAGCCGAAGUUGCCCCUGCUGCGAUUCGUGGAGGCAUCGUUACGAGCUUCCAGUUGUGGGUUGCCUUUGGUAUCUUUAUUGGCUUCUGCUCCAACCUGAUCUGGUACCGCAUUGGAGAUCUUGCAUGGCGGUUCCAGCUAGCUGCUGCUUUUGCUCCCGCCAUUCCUGUUCUUAUCUUCGGUCGAUACCAGGAGUCGUUCAAGUCAUUUUGCCGAAUCCGAAAUACUGAGAUGAUGGCUGCCCGUGACCUGUACUACGCACACCGGCAAGUCAUCGAGGAGAACAAUGCCUUUGGCGGACAGACACUCCUCCGCCGUAUGAAGGAACUCCUGACUGUGCCCCGCUUGCGUCGAGCAACCGUCGCCUCAUCUUGGAUCGUCAUCUCUCAGCAGUUCUCAGGCAUCAACAUCAUGGCGUUCUACAGCUCUACGAUCUUUCAGCAAGCAGGCUACUCAGAUAAAGACUGCCUUCUGGCUUCAAUGGGCUUUGGCCUCAUUAUGUUCGUCUUUGCAUUCCCGGCUGUAUACAUGAUGGACACGUUUGGGAGAAGGAACCUCUUGCUGGCCACGUUCCCAUCAAUGGCCUUUUGCCUCCUAGCAGCUGGGCUGAGCUUCUUGCUGAACACAGGGUCAAGCGCGAGGGUGCCACUGAUCGCCUUCUUCAUCUACCUUUUCACGGCGAUGUACGGACCUGGAAUCGGUCCACUACCAUCGAUCUACUUCUCCGAAGCUUUCCCGCUAUCUCAUCGCGAGAUUGGCUCGGCUUUCACCAUCUGUGUGAACAACGCCGUCGGGAGUGCCCUCACGCUGUCGUUUCCCGAACUUCUUCACAAGAUCGGACCGACCGGCGCAUUUUGCUUCUAUGCGGGACUGAACCUGCUGGCAUUCAUCGUUAUCUUCUUCAUCAUCCCGGAAACCAAGCAAACAACGCACCCUGGAAGAGCUUGA